AUGGAACUCACACAAUCGUUCGGAUGGGAGUCACGCCAGGUCUUCGAGCAACAGGACGUCCAAGAGCUUUCUCGCAUCUUGAUGGACAAGUUGGAAGAGAAGAUGAAGGGCACCGAAGCUGCAAACGUAUUGGCCGAGAUGUUUGUUGGCAAGAUGAAGACAUAUCUCCGCUGUAUCAACGUCGACUACGAGAGCUCUCGUGUCGAAGAUUUUUGGGACCUGCAACUCAACGUCAGCGGCUGCAAGACUCUGGACGACAGUUUCCGCGACUAUGUCCAGGUAGAGACUCUUGAGGGCGACAACAAGUAUGCCGCCGAAGGAUACGGUUUGCAAGACGCAAAGAAGGGUGUCAUCUUCGAGAGCUUCCCUCAAGUCUUGCAUCUCCAACUCAAGCGAUUCGAGUACGACUUUGUUAGGGACGCCAUGGUCAAGGUCAACGACCGGUACGAGUUCCCCGAGAUCUGGGAUGCUUCGCCAUACCUUUCCGAGACAGCCGAUCGCUCCGAGCCGUACAUCUACCGCCUUCACGGCGUGCUCGUCCACAGCGGUGACAUGAACGCUGGCCAUUACUACGCUUUCCUCAAGCCCACCAAAGACAGCCCAUUCUUCAAGUUCGACGACGACCGCGUAACUCGCGCCACCNCCCGAGAAGCCAUGGACGAGAACUUUGGAGGUGACUACGCCCCAACUGGCCCUAAUGGCGCUACAAAGAUGCAGAACCCUUUCACUCGCCAAUGGUCAACUAAGCGAUCCAUGAGUGCUUACAUGCUUGUCUACAUCCGUGAAAGCCGCAUCGAUCAGAUACUCGGAGAUAGCGACAGCAUUCAACCCCCAACUCACCUCCCCAGUCGUCUUGCCGAAGAGCGUGCUGCCGUCGAACGCAAGAGAAAGGAACGUGAAGAGGCACACUUGUACAUGAACGUCCAGAUCGCCACAGAGGCCAACUUCCGCUCCUACCAAGGCUUUGACCUGGUUGACUGGAAGUCAACGGACCAGGAAGACGCUGUUGCUCCCAAAGUCUUGCGAUACAAGAAGGCAAUGACUCUGUCAGAAUUCAACGAGCAUGUCGCCCAGGACAUUGGGACUGAUGCUGAUCUAAUUCGUCCCUGGGUCAUGGUUAACCGCCAAAAUGGCACUGUCAGACCCGACCACCCUCUCAACUACUCGACGAUGACGCUCGAAGAAGCGAAUGCUAAAUUCUCUACUAGAGCAGCAUCCUUCCGUCUCUUCAUUGAACAGACCACACGCGGUGAGGAUGGCAAACCAAUUUGGGAUACCGACGUCACGCCAGCCUCUGCUCCAACCCAGGAGCAAAAGCCUAUUAUUGUUUUCCUCAAGCAUUUCGACCUCGAAACACAGACACUCAAAGGUGUCGGCCACGCAUACAUGCUCCAAAGCCAAAAGGUACAGGAUCUUGCGGAACCGAUCUUGAAGCUCAUGGGCUGGGAAGCCGGCACAUCGCUCAAGCUUUACGAGGAGAUCAAGCAAAAUUUCAUCGAUGUCAUGAAGCCCAAGCAGACUCUAGGACAAUCGGAGAUCCAAGAUGGCGACAUUGUCUGCUUCCAGAAGGUCAUGCCUACGGAAGAGGUUCAAGCAUUCCAACAGAAGUACCCCUCUGCUUACCUUGACGCAAACUCCUUCUAUGACUAUCUUUUGAACCGCAUCCGUGUAUUCUUCCUUCCCCGCCCUGGAGCACCACAGAGCGUCCCUCUCGAACAAGGCGCUGACGAGUUUGAGAUGUACCUCUCAAGGAAGGACAGCUAUGACAUAUUGGCGACCAAGACAGCACAACACUUGUCAGCAAUCUCAAAGACAGAGGUGGAUCCCACUCACCUGCGCUUUACUACCGUCAAUUCUCAAAGUGGCAAGCCCCGAGGACCGGUGAAGCGCACGCCUACAACCACAGUGCACACGAUCCUUGCCGGCGUCGGUACAGGUGGAUAUGGUGGCGGUUAUGGUUACACCAACCAAGCACCCGACACACUUUACUACGAAGUCCUGGAAAUGAGCUUGACCGACUUGGAACAGCGCAAGACAGUCAAGGUGACUUGGCUGCCUGAAGGAGUAACCAAGGAAGAGACAUUUGACUGCCUCGUACCCAAGGUCGGCACGUUUGAAGAUGUUCUUCCAGUAUUCCAGAGGAAGGCCAAGCUACCAGAUGAGCUCAUUGAGCAAAUCCGCUUCUACGAGGCACAUUCGGGCAAAGUGUAUAAGAAUCUCAACCUGGACACAGCUGUUUCGACCUUGAACGAGUUUAUGCAGGUGUAUGCAGAACGCCUACCGGAGGAGGAACGUGAAGCUGAGAAGGAGGGAACACCAUCUCUUAUUGGAUGCUUCCACUACGACAAAGAGCCCGGCAAACCGCAUGGUGUGCCUUUCAUCUUCCUCGUCAAGCAAGUAAGUGAUGGUACAGAAAUGUGCUCAAGAGGACCAGAAUACUGA